AUGACGUCGCUUUGGUAUCCUGGGCCGCUCGGCGGUGCUAGAGAAGCCAACGCGAUGUCUACGUAUGUAGACCCCGAGCUCAACUUCCCUCUAGGAUGUUGUGACGAGGACGGCCAAGCCACUUUGCCGAGCCCGGGUGUGUGUCGAGGCCAUGUUGAUAUGUUCGACGAGCAGGAGGCGCAAGUGGUCUGGCAGGCUGGCCAAGACGCCUACUUCCAGCUUUCCGACCACACUUACACAGCAGGCGUGCCGGGAAGCACACACUACGGAGGCAGCUGCCAGGUAGGCUUCUCUCUGGACCGCGGCCAGACGUGGAGGGUAGCGGCUUCGUUUUCUGGAAACUGCCCACGCCGGGCAGAAGACGGAUCGCCCAGUAGCCAAACGUUUGACUUUCAGGUUCCCCGUGGCAUGCCGAGCGGCAACGCCCUGUUUGCCUGGGUCUGGCUGAACCGUGAGCACGAGAUGUUUGUUAACUGUGCCAAAGUUCAGAUUGCAGGCAAUGCUUCGCGUGCUCUAUCGGCUGGCAUGCCUCUUUCUUCUGAUGGAUUCCGGCAGCGGAAGAGAGUAAGAUCUUCCCGCUCCUGUGAGUGGAGUACAGCUCCCCUGAUGAAAACGAGCUACUACACCACUGACGCCGAAUGCAUGCCCGACGCCAAGUUACAGUAUACGCAAAGCGACGACUUUGAGCUAGGCUGGGAUGUGACCUGCGGCGCCGUAGAGGGUGAUGGCGCUUUCCCGAUCCAGAUGAUCGACUGCUGA